ACAGCUGAUAACAAUAACACAUUUUAUUCAGCGAGUUUGUUUCUUUCGAUUUGUACUCGCGCUUUAAUGUGGAUUACUAUUUAAACAUGACAAAAUACUAUUGUUAAGUAUGCCAAAACACGGCUUAAAUUGUUUAUAAAACCGGAUGCUGGCACAUAACUUAGGUUUCCAUAAAAAGCGCCUUUUUUCAAUCAUGAAGGCCGUCUUACAAGAUCGGGGAGUCAUAGUCUUAUCCCUCGAAGAAUGCGAUUUGGAAAGAACUUUGCUUGGAGGACAAAGUUUCCGAUGGCGGUCCAUAUGCGAUGGUAACAGAACGAAAUAUGGCGGAGUGGUGUUCAACACCUACUGGGUGCUCCAGCAAGAAGAAUACUCCAUAACUUACGAGGCAUACGGAACCAGCAGUCCUUUGGCCACGAAGGAGUAUUCUUCCUUGAUAUCUGACUACCUACGGAUGGAUUUCGACCUAAAGCUCAACCAAAAAGAUUGGUUAAACAAAGAUGAUAACUUUUUGAAGUUCUUGAGUAAGCCUGUGCGCCUCCUUUCUCAGGAGCCGUUCGAGAACAUAUUUAGCUUUCUUUGCAGUCAGAACAAUAACAUCAAGCGCAUAUCAUCUAUGAUCGAAUGGUUUUGCGCUACAUUUGGCACCAAGAUUGGUCACUUCAAUGGUGCCGAUGCGUAUACAUUUCCCACGAUAAAUAGAUUCCACGACAUCCCAUGCGAAGAUCUUAAUGCCCAACUAAGGGCUGCCAAGUUCGGCUAUCGGGCCAAGUUCAUAGCACAAACGCUGCAAGAGAUCCAGAAAAAGGGGGGACAAAACUGGUUCAUAAGUCUGAAGAGCAUGCCGUUCGAAAAAGCUCGCGAGGAGCUGACACUGCUACCCGGAAUCGGAUACAAAGUGGCCGAUUGCAUCUGCCUUAUGUCAUUGGGUCACUUGGAGUCCGUGCCCGUCGACAUUCAUAUUUACAGAAUUGCUCAGAAUUACUACCUGCCACAUCUAACCGGCCAGAAGAACGUAACCAAGAAGAUUUACGAAGAGGUUUCGAAUCAUUUUCAAAAGCUACAUGGAAAGUAUGCCGGUUGGGCUCAAGCUAUUCUCUUUUCUGCCGAUUUGGGUCAAUUUCAAAAUACUUCCACAGUUGCUUCUAAGAAAAAGUCCAAUAAAAAACCUAAAAAGUGAUCUUAGGUAUAAGAUUCAAUAAACUUAUUCCUACUUCUUGUAAUAUUCGAAUAUUAAAAUAGAAUAGAAAUGUA